CGCGCGCGCGCGCGCGCACACACACACACACACCCCCACCCACCCGCCGAGGUCCUCCCUGCUGGGAUGGGCGUGGGGCCGAGUGCUCGCCACCCGGUCCCCAGAAGGUUCCCCCAAAGCCAGCCGCUGCGGCCCGGCUCGGCGCGCAGGGCCCGGGGAGGAUUCGCGUCCGCGGAAGCUGGUGUCACUCGGGCUCGCUCCUGGUGAGCCGCGCUGUCGUCAUUCAUUCGCAGUGUCCGGAUCGUCCUUCCAGCUGGGAGCUGGGCUUCGCCGAGGGUGCGAGCGGCCCCGACGCGAAGUGUUAACGCGCGGUGACCUCGAGGGCUCUGAGCUGCUAGAGACGGAGGCGGCCCGGACCCUGAGUGGGCGCUGUGGGAGCAGCCGCGUCCCAGCCCAGCUCUGCCUGACCCGCGGGGCCGAAUCAGCUGGCGGCGCCCGCAGCCCUGCCCGGCGCCGAGCCGGAUCCCGGGACUGAGCCACACCACUUCCUCCUCCUCCCGCUCCCCUUCCUUCUCCGCCUCCCGCUCCUCCCGCCGCCGUGGGCCCCGGCCGGGCUGCGGAGCGAAGAGCCUGGGCGUCUGCGGCCGCGGGCUCGCGGAAGGCGGCGGCGCCGGGGCGAGGAUGCUGCUCGCGGUGCCCGCGUCCUCGCCAUCCUCCCCGGCCGCCCGCGGGGGCUGUGUUGUGACCCGGGCGCCGCGGGCGGCCCCCUGGUGAAGUCGCUCUCCGCCGCCGCACCUAGCUGGCGGGCUGGCGAGCGGACGGGCGGGCGCGCGUGUGCCCGGGAGUGCGCGCCGGUGCGCGCGGGACCCGACCUGCCGCCCCAUUGUGCGUGCGCCCGCGGCGCCCGGGAACAUGUGGGUGAACCCCGAAGAGGUGCUGCUGGCCAACGCGCUGUGGAUCACGGAGAGGGCCAACCCCUACUUCAUCCUGCAGCGGAGGAAGGGGCAUGCGGGCGAUGGAGGCGGCGGCGGCGGACUGGCGGGCCUCCUGGUGGGCACCCUUGAUGUCGUGUUGGACUCCAGUGCCCGGGUUGCUCCUUACCGCAUCCUGUACCAGACUCCAGAUUCUUUGGUCUAUUGGACCAUCGCCUGUGGUGGUUCCAGAAAAGAAAUCACCGAACACUGGGAAUGGCUUGAGCAGAAUCUGCUGCAGACACUUUCCAUCUUUGAAAAUGAGAACGAUAUCACCACAUUUGUGAGAGGAAAAAUACAGGGCAUCAUUGCAGAGUAUAACAAAAUCAAUGAUGUGAAGGAAGAUGAUGACACAGAGAAGUUCAAGGAAGCCAUUGUGAAAUUCCAUCGGCUGUUUGGAAUGCCUGAGGAAGAGAAACUCGUCAACUAUUACUCUUGCAGCUACUGGAAGGGGAAGGUUCCCCGACAGGGUUGGAUGUACCUCAGUAUUAACCACCUUUGCUUUUAUUCUUUUCUGAUGGGAAGGGAAGCCAAGCUGGUCAUCCGGUGGGUGGACAUCACUCAGCUCGAGAAGAACGCCACGCUGCUGCUGCCUGACGUGAUCAAAGUGAGCACGAGGUCCAGCGAGCAUUUCUUCUCCGUAUUCCUCAACAUCAAUGAGACCUUCAAGUUAAUGGAGCAGCUCGCCAACAUCGCCAUGAGGCAACUCUUAGACAAUGAGGGGUUUGAACAAGAUCGAUCCCUGCCUAAACUGAAAAAGAAAUCUCCUAAAAAAGUGUCUGCUCUAAAACGCGAUCUGGAUGCCAGGGCAAAGAGUGAGAGAUACCGUGCACUUUUCCGGCUGCCCAAAGAUGAAAAAUUAGAUGGCCACACAGACUGCACCCUCUGGACUCCAUUCAACAAAAUGCACAUUUUGGGGCAGAUGUUUGUGUCCACAAACUACAUCUGCUUUACCAGCAAGGAGGAAAACCUGUGCAGCCUCAUUAUUCCACUCCGAGAGGUGACGAUUGUAGAAAAGGCAGACAGCUCCAACGUGCUCCCCAGUCCUUUAUCCAUCAGCACCAAGAACAGGAUGACCUUCCUGUUUGCCAAUUUGAGAGAUAGAGACUUUCUAGUGCAGAGGAUCUCUGAUUUCCUGCAACAGACGACCUCCAAAAUAUACUCGGACAAAGAGUUUGCAGGAAGCUACAACAGUUCAGAUGAUGAGCAGGUGUAUUCUCGGCCCAGCAGCCUCAUUUCCUCCAGUCCCCAGAGAAGCACGAGCUCCGAUGCUGACGGUGAGCGCCAGUUUAACCUCAAUGGCAACAGCGUCCCCACGGCCACACAGACCCUGAUGACCAUGUAUCGGCGGCGGUCUCCCGAGGAGUUCAACCCGAAAUUGGCCAAAGAGUUUUUGAAAGAGCAAGCCUGGAAGAUUCACUUUGCUGAGUACGGGCAAGGGAUUUGCAUGUACCGCACGGAAAAGACACGGGACCUGGUGCUGAAGGGCGUACCCGAGAGCAUGCGCGGGGAGCUCUGGCUGCUGCUGUCAGGUGCUAUCAACGAGAAGGCCACGCAUCCCGGGUACUAUGAAGACCUCGUGGAGAAGUCCAUGGGGAAGUACAACCUCGCCACGGAGGAGAUUGAGAGGGACCUGCACCGCUCCCUCCCAGAACACCCAGCCUUCCAGAACGAAAUGGGCAUCGCUGCUCUGAGGAGAGUCUUAACGGCUUAUGCUUUUCGAAAUCCUAACAUAGGGUAUUGCCAGGCCAUGAACAUUGUCACAUCAGUGCUGCUGCUUUAUGCCAAAGAGGAGGAAGCUUUCUGGCUGCUGGUGGCUUUGUGUGAACGCAUGCUUCCUGAUUACUACAACACCAGGGUGGUUGGUGCCCUGGUGGACCAGGGUGUCUUCGAGGAACUUGCCCGGGACUAUGUCCCACAGCUGUAUGACUGCAUGCAGGACCUGGGUGUGAUUUCUACCAUCUCCCUGUCCUGGUUCCUCACACUGUUUCUCAGCGUGAUGCCCUUUGAGAGUGCAGUUGUGGUUGUCGACUGUUUCUUCUAUGAAGGAAUCAAAGUGAUAUUCCAGUUGGCCCUGGCUGUGCUGGACGCAAAUGUGGACAAACUUUUGAACUGCAAGGACGAUGGGGAGGCCAUGACCGUUUUGGGAAGGUAUUUGGACAGUGUGACCAAUAAGGACAGCACGCUGCCCCCCAUCCCUCAUCUCCACUCCCUGCUCAGUGAUGAUGUGGAGCCCUAUCCUGAGGUCGACAUCUUCAGGCUCAUCAGAACUUCCUAUGAGAAAUUUGGAACUAUCCGGGCGGAUUUGAUUGAGCAGAUGAGAUUUAAACAGAGACUGAAGGUGAUCCAGACCCUGGAGGAUACUACAAAACGGAACGUGGUACGAACCAUUGUGACAGAAACUUCCUUUACCAUUGAUGAGCUAGAAGAACUUUAUGCUCUUUUCAAAGCGGAACACCUAACCAGCUGCUACUGGGGUGGGAGCAGCAAUGCCCUGGACCGGCACGACCCCAGCCUGCCCUAUCUCGAGCAGUACCGCAUCGACUUUGAGCAGUUCAAGGGCAUGUUUGCUCUGCUCUUUCCCUGGGCCUGUGGAACUCACUCUGACGUGCUUGCCUCGCGCUUAUUCCAGUUAUUAGAUGAAAAUGGAGAUUCUCUGAUCAACUUCCGAGAGUUUGUCUCUGGACUGAGUGCUGCGUGCCAUGGGGACCUCACAGAGAAGCUCAAACUCCUGUACAAAAUGCACGUCUUGCCUGAGCCAUCCUCUGAUCAAGACGAGCCAGAUUCUGCUUUUGAAGCAACUCAAUACUUCUUUGAAGAUAUCACCCCAGAAUGCACACAUGUGGUUGGAUUGGACAGCAGAAGCAAACACAGUGCAGACGAUGGCUUUGUUACAGUGAGUCUAAAGCCCGACAGAGGGAAGAGGGCAAAUUCUCAAGAAAAUCGUAAUUAUCUGAGACUCUGGACUCCAGAAAAUAAAUCCAAAUCAAAGAAUGCAAAGGAUAUACCCAAAUUGAAUCAGGGGCAGUUUAUCGAGCUGUGUAAGACGAUGUAUAACAUGUUCAGCGAGGACCCCAACGAGCAGGAGCUGUACCACGCCACGGCGGCGGUGACCAGCCUCCUGCUGGAGAUCGGGGAAGUGGGCAAGCUCUUCACUCCCCAGCCUGCCAGGGAGGGCGGGAGCGGAGGCGGCGGGCCCUCCGGCAACCAGGGCGUCCCCGGCGGCGUGCUCUUCCCCACCAAAGGGCCGGGCCAGCCUUACGCGCCGGAACCCGUGGCGCCCCUCCCGGCCAGCUUGGCGGGGGACGGCGAGGAACGCUCCCUGGGGGGCCAGAUGGAGGACAUCAAGCUAGAGGACUCCUCGCCCCGGGACCACGGGGCCUGCUCCUCCAUGCUCAUCUCCGACGACGACACCAAGGACGACAGCUCCAUGUCCUCGUACUCGGUGCUGAGUGCCGGCUCCCACGAGGAGGACAAGCUGCACUGCGAAGACAUCGGCGAGGACACGGUCCUGGUGCGCAGCGGCCAGGGCCCCGCGGCGCUGCCCCGGGGCAGCAGCCUGGACCGAGACUGGGCCAUCACCUUCGAGCAGUUCCUGGCCUCCCUCCUGACAGAGCCUGCCCUGGUGAAGUACUUUGACAAGCCCGUGUGCAUGAUGGCCAGAAUCACCAGUGCGAAAAACAUCCGGAUGAUGGGCAAGCCCCUCACCUCGGCCAGUGACUACGAGAUCUCGGCCAUGUCCGGGUUCAAGAAAUUAUACCAUGUAUCACAUAGGACCAUCUUUCCAGUUAAAUCCAUGUAAAGCAGAGAUAAUGUAAAUUGAAAAAACAACCUGCAAGAUAACGUAACUGAAUGUUUAAAGCGGAACUUGUCACUUUAUAUAAGAGAAUAGUAUGCUCUAUUUCCCGAAUGGACUUGGAAAUGAAAACUAUCGCACCUGCACUUUGUAUUGUUGCUUCUUUUUUAUUCCUAUUAUAGUUUUGUCUUUUACAGAUGUUGGAGUUUUUUUCUCUUAUUGUUGAAUUCAUAAUCAUGGUCACUUUUUCUUUGCUUCUGCAGAAUAUUCCUUCCAAUGCAUUCCUUUAUUUUAGUAUCCAUUGUGUCUUUAUUUUAGCUGUUGCUGCUGUUUCUUAUUUUGUUUACAGAAUGAUUUUUUAAACCGUCCAAUGAAGUAGUGUUAACCUC